CCGGCGUUGAAAUUUUUAUUCAUGGCCGCCACUAGCCAGAUGCAUUCCAUCAUGGUGACUAGCUCCACUCGAUGAUCAAUUUUGCUUGUUUUUAGUUCUAUUGGUAGAAAUGACAUCGAAACUUUAAAAAAGAUUCAAAGCUGUUUAACAAUUUGUGAGAUUUGUACUGUUCAGUGAAAAUAAAAACAGAUUGCUACAAGUUAGGACAAAAUGGGUCGUGGAAAACCAAAGCGUGAAAAUCCCAGCAAUGGAGACGCACCAGCAGCCAAAGUCGCUCGAACCAACACUACAAAAUUCGAACUUCCGCUUCCCGAACUCCCAAAGCCAUGUGGAAAUGUUCUUGCGUGUGGCCAGGGUGAUGUGGGCCAGCUGGGCCUCGGUCCUGAUGUGAUGGAAAAGACAAGACCCGCACUGGUUGACAGCUUGAAAGACGUUGUCCAGAUAUCGGCCGGUGGAAUGCACAAUCUAUGCCUGAAUCGGAAGGGAGAGGUAUACUCAUUCGGAUGUAACGAUGAAGGUGCAUUAGGACGGGCCACAGCGGACGAAGAGGGCUCGGAAGCUGAGCCGCGAAAGAUCCAGCUGCCUGCACCGUGCUUGAAGAUUUCGGCCGGCGAUUCACAUUCCGCCUGCCUGCUCAACGGCGGACGGGUCUACGCUUGGGGAUCAUUUCGGGACUCGCACGGAAACAUGGGCCUAACCUUGGAGGGAAACAAGCGUCUUCCGGUCGAGGUGGUUCCCGGCCUCAAAGCAGUUGACAUCGCAUCCGGCGGAGACCAUUUGGUUAUCCUGAGUGAAAACGGUCACGUGUACACAGUUGGUUGCGCCGAGCAAGGCCAACUAGGGCGUGUUUCUACUCGUGCCGCAUCCGGGGAAUCUCGACGUGGUAAAACCGAUCUUCUUCAGCCAGGCAUUGUUACAUUAAAAGGCAAGAAAGUCUUAGCGGAUGCUAUUUGGGCAUCUAACUAUUGUACAUUCUUCCGGGAUCGCAAUACAGCCAAGAUUUUUGCUUUCGGUUUGAACAACUACUGCCAGUUGGGUAUUCCGAAUCCCAGUGAAAAUGUUGUAAAACCGGUAUUCGUACCGGAGCAGACAAGCUUCACUGAUGUGAAAAUCAUCGCCGGAGGGCAGCAUCACACGCUAGUUUUGAAAACCGACAACAAAGUACACGUCAUUGGCCGUAAAGAAUACGGCCGCCUAGGCUUGGGCGAUUUAAAGGAAGACGCAAAAACCGUGACGCCAGUGAAUGCCUUAGCAGAUAAGAAUGUGGUUGACAUAUGCUGUGGAGAAAGCGUGUCCUUCGCCGUAACAGAUAAAGGAGAAGUUUACGCAUGGGGAAUGGGCUCGAAUCAACAGCUUGGGACCGGUGAGGAGGAGGAUGAAACUACUCCGGUACUCAUUAACAGUAAACAAGUUCAAGGCAAGCGGAUUAUUGGGGUCUCAAGCGGUGGACAGCACAGCUUGUUCUUGGUUGAAGAGAAACCCUCAAAGGAUCCAGUAUCCAAUGCUAAGCCUAGUGCAAACGCAACUAAAAACUCCAAGGAAGCCCAAAGCACUGACAAAUUUGCGCCUGAUGAGGAGGACAAACCUAAAACGAAUGGUGCUUCAGGUUCAGUUGUCAAGGAUGAGACAAACGGUAGCGCAAAGGCACAGGAAGUCAACGAGAAGGAAAAGCCACAAGCCGAAACUAGUGAGACUGAAGCAGCAGCAGAGCUCGCGAAAAAGCCAGCCGGCCGGGGACGCAAACGGAAACUGUGAACGCACCGAGGAAUCGGACACGAAUCUUCGGGACUAGUUAGACCUGUUCAGUACUAGCGAUUUUCUAGGCUUAAUUAGAAACAAUUAGGUAUGUUAGAAACUAAGUGUUUAGUUUAGAAAACAAUCAUUGUUUUAUCCUAUGGUAACGUCUAACUCGACGAUGUUUGUUCUGUAUUAGUUUUCUUAUCUUUCUGUUGUUUCAUUUCCAUUUCUACAUGCUAAUGUUUCUGUUUCUAUUUAAUUCACGCAUUCAUAUCUUUCAAAAAACGCAGAUUAGAGAGGGACAAUCUGAUAAGGGAGAAUAAAUAAAAUGACGUACAUUCUAUUACGUUGAAUAAAAAUGAACAUAAUUUAUUAAAAUCAUCACUCUUUAAAAAGUUGAAAUAAAAUCUUAUAAAACAA